GCCCGCCCUCUCUUUUAGAUCUUUUUAGCGACCACGACAACAUUUUUCCCCCUGGCUUUUCGAUAUCGUGAACUGUCGAAAAGCUACCUGAGGAAAAGCGACAAUCGACAAGAUGGCUGACCAGGAAUACAACGCCGAGGAGGCUGCCGAGUUGAAGAAGAAGAGACAAUUCCGCAAGUUUUCCUACCGCGGUAUCGAACUCGAGCAACUCCUCGACCUCUCCUCCGAGGAACUCCGUGAUCUCGUCCAUGCCCGUGCUCGCCGCCGAUUCAACCGUGGCUUGAAGCGCAAGCCCAUGGGUCUCAUCAAGAAGCUCCGCAAGGCCAAGCAGGAGGCCAAGCCCAACGAGAAGCCCGACCUCGUCAAGACACACCUCCGUGACAUGAUUGUCGUGCCUGAGAUGAUUGGCUCCGUUAUCGGUAUCUAUUCUGGCAAGGAAUUCAACCAGGUUGAGAUCAAGCCUGAGAUGGUUGGCCACUACCUCGGAGAAUUCUCCAUCUCAUACAAACCCGUCAAGCACGGUAGACCCGGUAUUGGUGCUACCCACUCCUCCCGUUUCAUCCCCCUCAAGUAAACGUGUUUUACUUUUCUAUAACAAAAACGACCUUUCAAAAUACCAGAGAAAACUCACGCUAUGCUAUUAUCGACCUUGGUUUUCAUUUGUUCUGGAACCGGGAAUGGGAACGCGAGUUUGAUUGGUUUGGCUUUUCUUUUUCUAAUUUAUUCCAAUGUCAAAUAACUGCGUGAAUGAAUGGGCUUGAUGCAUGAGAUCUUGAUUCUGAAACUAUGUAGUACGUAUACGUAGUACGUAUACGGUACGGUAAAGUAUGCAGGAUAUAUUGUAGUCUACCACAUAUUCCUCUUUUCCUGCUCCAAAGUCGCCACGACAAUAGCCUCCAUCUUCUUCAAAUGCUCCUGAACAUUCUUAUCUCUGUUCCUCCCCAACAUCCCGGCCUCCUCGAGAU